UUGUCAAAACCAACGAUGACAUCCACCCAACCUCUCUUUCCCGUUUCUCUUCCUCUUCCUUCUCACACGCUUAAUACCCGCCAUGCUCGACCACCGACCUCUCAGAAACUAGGACUUCAAGCUCAAUCUAUUUUCACUAACACCACUAAACAGAAACCCAAACCCGAAACGCUCUCUCCAUCAUUAUGGAUCGAGAACCUCCGGUCCCAGACUCGACUGAAUCUUUUUCAAGAAGCCCUUUAUUCCUACAUUGAGAUGACAGUUGCAGGUAUUUCACCGGACAACUUUGCCUUUCCGGCAGUCCUAAAGGCCGUCACGGGCCUCCAAGACUUGAGUUCAGGGAAGCAGCUCCAUGCUGCUGUCAUCAAGUUUGGCUACCAUUCAUCUUCGGUGACUGUGGGCAACACCCUUCUUAAUUUGUAUGGCAAAUGUGGAGGCAUCGAUGGUGUUAUCCAGUUGUUCGACAAAAUGCCUCUGAGAGAUCAAGUGUCUUGGAAUUCGUUGAUUGCCGCAUUGUGCAGGUUUGAGGAGUGGGACUUGGCAUUAAAGGCCUUUCGGUGUAUGCAUUCAGAUCAGGUGCAUCCCAGCUCGUUUAGUUUGGUUAGUGCUGCACUUGCAUGUUCCCAUCUGGGUAGGCACUACGGGUUGCCGCUUGGGAAGCAAAUUCAUGGGUAUAGCUUGCGAAAUGGUGAUGAUAAGACAUUUACAAAUAACGCCUUGAUUGCCAUGUAUGCCAAAUUGGGUAGGAUUGACAGCUCCAAAGCUUUGUUUGAGCGGUUUGAGAACCGUGAUAUGAUUUCUUGGAACACCAUGAUUAGUUCAUUUACACAAAACGAUCGGUUUGCAGAGGCAUUGGCUGUCUUGCAUCACAUGAUUAUUGAAGGGACUAAACCCGAUGAAGUUACAAUUGCUAGUGUGCUUCCUGCCUGCUCCCACUUGGAGAUGUUGGAUAUUGGAAAGGAAAUCCAUGCUUAUGCCCUUAAAAAUUAUAACUUCAUUGAGAAUUCCUAUGUGUGCAGUGCACUAGUAGACAUGUACUGCAAUUGUAAGCAGGUUGAAAGCGGCCGUCGAGUCUUCAAUGGUAUCUCAGAAAGGAGAAUCGGGCUCUGGAACGCCAUGAUUGCGGGCUAUGCUGAACACAUGCUUGAUGAGAAGGCAUUAAGACUCUUCAUAGAGAUGGAGGUGGUUUCUGGACAAUGCCCAAACCCAACAACAAUGGCGAGUGUGUUGCCGGCUUGUGUUCGUUGUGUAGAAUUCUCUCAUAAGGAGGGUAUGCAUGGGUAUGUAGUGAAGCGGGGUUUCGAAACAGACAGGUAUGUGCAGAAUGCUCUAAUGGACAUGUACUCUAGGAUGGGGAAGUUGGAUGUUUCACGGAAGAUAUUUGAGAGCAUGGAAGUGAAAGACCUUGUUUCCUGGAACACCAUGAUCACAGCUUAUGUCACUAGUGGCCGGCAUGAUGAUGCACUUCUUUUGCUACAUGAAAUGCAGAGAGUAAGAGAAGCUAAAGAUGGAAACAACGGAGACUUUGAAGAUGAUGAAACAAUUUCAUACAGACCAAAUUCAAUCACACUCAUGACAGCUCUUCCUGGUUGUGCUGCCUUAGCAGCACUGGCAAAAGGAAAAGAGAUCCAUGCGUAUGCCAUUAGAAAUUGUUUGGCAUCAGAGGUUACAGUUGGCAGUGCACUGGUGGACAUGUAUGCAAAAUGUGGUUGCUUGAGCUUAUCAAGAAGAGUAUUUGAUGGGAUGCCCAAGAGAAAUGCCAUAACUUGGAAUGUCCUUAUCAUGGCUUAUGGGAUGCAUGGACAAGGGCACGAAGCCCUCAAACUAUUCCAACAGAUGAUAGGAGAGGUGAAACCAAACGAGGUCACGUUCAUUGCAGUCUUUGCUGCUUGUAGUCACUCUGGCAUGGUGAAGGAAGGCCUAGACCUGUUUCACAGCAUGAAAGACAACCAUGACAUUGAUCCGUCGCCAGACCACUAUGCUUGUGUUGUGGAUUUGCUAGGUCGAGCGGGUCAGCUGGAGGAAGCUUAUCAACUCAUUGCCACCAUGCCUUUUGGGCCUGACCAGGCAAUUGUUUGGAGUAGUUUUCUCGGGGCAUGCCGGAUACAUCAAAAUGUAAAGCUUGGGGAGAUUGCAGCACAAAAUCUGCUGCGGUUGGAACCUAAUGUAGCCAGCCAUCAUGUUCUGCUCUCGAACAUCUACUCCUUGGCCGGGCUUUGGGACAAAGCAAUGAAGGUUAGAAAGAACAUGAAGGAAAUGGGAGUGAGGAAAGAACCCGGUUGCAGUUGGAUUGAGUUUGGGAAUGAGGUCCAUAAGUUCAUGUCUGGGGACGAAUUGCACUCGCAAAGUGCCCAGCUCCAAGCUUUGCUCGAGAGAUUGUCAGAGAGAAUGAGGAAAGAAGGAUAUGUCCCUGACACAUCAUGUGUUCUUCACAAUGUAGAUGAGGAGGAGAAGGAAUACCUUCUGUGUGGGCACAGUGAGAGAUUGGCCAUAGCGUUUGGUAUCCUUAACACCCCUCCUGGAACUACCAUUAGGGUCACCAAGAACUUGAGGGUUUGUAAUGACUGUCAUGUGGCAACUAAAUUCAUCUCAAAGAUAGUGGAAAGGGAUAUAAUCGUCAGGGAUGUAAAGAGGUUCCAUCAUUUCAGGGAGGGGUCCUGCUCUUGUGGAGAUUAUUGGUGAGCAAGAUCCAAAUCAAUAUUUUGGGGCAAAUUAGUUGAAUUUCACUAAUGCUAGAGACAACGAAAUCUCCCA